AGAGAGGGAGAGAGAGAGGCAGGGGGGGGGGGGGGGGGGGAGAGUUUAGUCGGAGAUUGACUGGUUUCUGUUUUCCUGUUUCUUGAUUGAUGUUGUCGCCAGGUUAAAACCCCAUUUCAGUUGCAAAAACACUGCCUUCUUCCAAUCAUGGCGGUCUGGAGUUCAGUUUCGGAGCCAAGAAUGGAAGCUCCUCUUCUCAUGGCUAUCUGACAUUUUACCAACCAUUUGGAAGGACGAAACUGCGAGCUCAUUUUUCAAGAACCCGCCAUGGAAUCGGAUCUUCAACAGCAGCAGCAACACGGCCUCGUCUCCAAUUACCAACCCCAGCAACACGGCAACCAACCCAACAACAACUCGGGGUUGUCCCGAUUCCGAUCCGCCCCGAGUUCUUACUUCAAGAACUUACUGGACAGCUGCGAGGACUUCCUCAACCGGCCUUCGAGCCCCGAGACGGAGCAAAUUCUCGCGCGCCUCAUGUCCUCCCCCGCCUCCGGCGGCGGUGGAGGGGGCGGCGGGGGCGGAAACGCUUUUGGGUCGAUGAAGACCGAAGCAGAGGUUCUUCAGCAAGAACCCAGCAACUACUCCUCUGCUGCUUCUUCGCAGAACUUUUACCAGGGCUCGUCUCAACUGCAAAACCAGAGCAUGGAAUACAAGGUAGCGGGCUCGAUGGGUAUGGAUCGAUCGGCGUCCGUGAAAACGGGGAACAAUAAUAACUCUUCGAAUCUAAUCAGGCAGAGCAGUUCGCCUGCCGGAUUGUUCUCCAACGUAAACAUCGAUGGAUAUUCUGCUUCGAGAGGCAUUGAGGAUUUCGUCGGUCCCGGCGCCAGAGGAGAGUCAUCCUUCUCUCCGGCGAGCAGGUUCGGCAACUGCAUGAACUUCUCACCCAGGCCACCUCCUUCCUCGUCCGGGAAGAUGAGCACUGAAAGGGGAAAGAAGAGCAUGGAUAUCAGUAGCCCUGAAGGGGGCGAUUUCGGCGAAGGCCAUGGCAACAGCUACGUCACGGGUUUCCCUAUCGGCUCGUGGGACGACCCGGUGAGUCUUUCGGACAAUUUCACUGGCGGAGAUGAGGAUGAAAAGGGAUUUUUGGGUUUGAAUGCAUCGGAAACCGAGGAGGGGAAAGGCAGAGUUCCUGGUCUUUUAGCUCACCACUUGAGUUUGCCGUCUAAAAGUUCUGCAGACAUUGAUAAGUUUUUGCAGCUCCAAGAUUCUGUACCGUGUAAAAUUCGCGCCAAGAGGGGUUGCGCGACUCAUCCUCGCAGUAUUGCCGAGAGGGUGAGAAGAACCAAAAUCAGUGAAAGAAUAAGGAGACUACAGGAUCUUGUUCCGAACAUGGACAAGCAAACGAACACAGCAGACAUGUUGGACCUGGCCGUUGAUUACAUCAAGGACCUUCAAGAACAGGUUCAGACGCUCUUGGACGAUCGCGCAAAGUGCACUUGUCCAAGCAAGCAGCAGCUAUAGCACAAUAAGGAAUGCCAAGAAGUCGCUUGUGUACAGAAUCACAUCGCAUUUGGAGAGGAGGAUUGAAUGGUGAUGGACAAGAGAAGAUGUCUCUGUCCAUUGGAAAGGAAGCUAAAGCCAGAACCAUGUAUUGUUCCUAGCUCUGCAUAAACUGGACUACUCUGGUGCCCACUACCUGUCUACACUGUUAAAAGAAGUUCAAAUCAGUGUAUUAGCCAUAAAUUCUGGAGCAUGUUGUGUGAUUUUGGUUGCCAAGUUCAGCUAAUUCUGGAAACAUCUAUGUGUUGGGAGGGAGAUAGAGAGAGAGAGAUUAAAAUUUCUUUUAUUGAUGGAUUGAGAGAGAGAGAGAGAGAUAUUGCCAUGAAUGGUGGAGCCAUUAAAUGGCAUGGGGGAAACAAGUGGGGGCUACCCUUAUGUUGGGUGAUCAUAAUUGAAGGCAGAUGAAUGAGUGGAGCAGAUUAAAAUUCUGCAGAAAGUCAAGCAGCCUGUGACAUGAUGAUGCAAUAUGAUGAUCAGUUUGUGGUUGGCCUCUCUUCUUUUCAUUUCUUUCCUAAUUUGGGAAUCAAGCAUUCUCUGCCUGUGUUGUCCUUGUCC